AAGGCUUGACUGUUCACGGAACGGUGCGUAACAUAAGCAGUGCUACUUAGCAUAGCAUCGUUCGAAGUAGACACGAGCACCUGGAGCUAUAAUGGUUUAAAAGUCUUGUACUGAAAGUCAUAUCGUGUGCCUUAUAUGCCCCAGCGUGGAAGUGCGAAGUUUAAUUCUGGGAAAGGAAAGAAAGGAAUGCUCAACUGGGUCAUUUCGACGCGUUUAUGUUAGCCCGCUUCCGCUAAGUAAUUAGCAGACUGGCUAACCGGAAUUCGGGGACGCCUGGUGAGCAGACCGACACACGGCAGCUAAGUUUUGAGAGUUAUCAGGAAGCGAUGGAUGGUUCCUCUCAACCCGCCUCAGACCGAAUUCUGCUAGAACCGUACAAGUACUUGUUGCAGCUGCCAGGAAAACAAGUGAGGACAAAACUUGCCCAAGCAUUUAACCACUGGCUCAAUGUACCAGAAGACAAACUGCAGGUGAUCAUUGAGGUGACGGAGAUGCUGCACAACGCCAGCUUGCUGAUAGACGACAUCGAGGACAACUCCAAGUUGCGUCGAGGCUUCCCGGUGGCUCACAGCAUCUACGGCAUUCCCUCGGUGAUCAACUCGGCCAACUACGUGUACUUCCUGGGGCUGGAGAAGGUUCUGAUCCUGGAGCACCCAGAAGCCGUACGAGUAUUUACCCGCCAGCUGCUGGAGCUGCACCGCGGCCAGGGCCUGGACAUCCACUGGAGGGACACCUACACCUGUCCCACAGAGGAGGAGUAUCGCAACAUGGUGCUACAGAAGACCGGGGGCCUCUUCGGUUUGGCCGUGGGGCUCAUGCAGCUCUUUUCAGACUGGAAGCAGGACCUCAAGCCCCUCCUGGACACGCUGGGGCUGUUCUUCCAGAUCCGGGACGACUACGCCAACCUGAGUUCCGACGAGUACAGCGAGAACAAAAGCUUCUGUGAGGAUCUGACAGAGGGGAAGUUCUCGUUUCCCACAAUCCACGCCAUAUGGUCGCGCCCGGAGAGCACCCAGGUGCAGAACAUCCUCCGGCAGCGCACGGAGAACAUGGACAUCAAGAAGUACUGCGUGGACUACCUGGAGAAGGUGGGAUCUUUCGCCUACACCCGACAGACCCUGCGGGAUCUGGAGGCGGAGGCUUACCGCCUCAUCACGGAGUUGGGAGGGAACCCUCAGCUGGAGAGCCUGAUCAAACAUCUCAGCCGCAUGCAUAAUGAAGCAGAGGCCUCAGCAGAGUCCAACAGAGAGACGAAAUCCAGCCAAAACUACUGACACACUCCCUCACACUCCUGCUUUCCUGAACGCAGAAGAUGCACAUUCCUGAAAAGCUCCAAACUAACCGUUGUGACGGCAGACGAGCUCCAAGUGUGGCUUAAAAUAGUACCCAUGGCUGAUUCUUACAUCUGAAGUGCUGCAGUGCUCUCAGGAAUAGAAAUUAAGCAGCAGAACUACAGUCAGUUUCUGCUUUACCACUUGACAAGAUUAUUACAAAAAAAAAAAUCAUAAAUCUUGAAAGCCUUUUCUUCUGAUGCACACUUCAGUGGAUCUAAGUGCUUUUUGUCGGUUCCAGUUAAUCCAGUUAAUUGAGUGAACGUUGUUUUUGAUUUAAAUCUCUAACCGGAGUGAUUUGAGGUCCCAUAAUGGCUGAAUCAGCAGGGAGUCGAUUCAGCCCUGCAGAAAAACAGCCGUGUGGUUUGUUCUGAUUGCUCUGUAACAAUGAUGUUAGUGACUGUUUCCACGCAGUCGUCUCACAGCACAAAUCCUCACAGCUACCGUGAUGCUCACAUAUUUAUAUAUUGACACUGCUGUAUUCUAGGAUCUUGUUUGAAUUUCUUGAAUAAAAAAUUUUUUAAAUCUAAA